AUGGCAGAUCCACCACCUGACGCAGAAGCCCCUCAACCGCCGCUGCGGCCACCCCCGCCAGCAUCGCAGGCCCAGGCGCACAAGGUGUACUCGAAUCGAGCAACCAGCGCCUUAGCCAGGCUUACCCAGCCCUUUUUCACCGGCUCACGUUCACCGAGCCCUUCUGAUGGCUCUGGCCGCUUGGCCGAAGAGGAUCACCAGGGCGUGAGAUUGACGAGGUCAAGGUCCUUGCCUGGAUCAUCUCAGACCGUCACACAUCGCACCGGAUUAUCGAUCGCGUCGCUUGACAUUUCCCCGCAGAAGACGCACGCCGUGAUUGCCGGCCGAGAAAUCUUCAAAACGAUUCGCGUCUCUCAGGACGGUUCUUCCGAAGAGUUCAAUCUUCGCGACGCUAUUAUCAAAGCCUCCUCAAAGAAGCAAGUCUUGACUGGCUUAGCAUCUAAGUUUAAAGAUCAGCUUGCCAUUAAGGAUGUGAAGUGGUCUCACAGUGAAUUCGAUACCGUUAUCGCUACUGCCGCCGCCAAUGGCCGUAUCAUCACAUAUGACCUGCAGCGAGCAGGUCUGGAACUCUCCAGGCUCAACGGUCACAGUCGUCAGGUUCACAGAUUGGCAUUUAACCCUCAUCGUUCGGCGUGGCUUUUAUCAGGCAGCCAAGAUAGCACAAUUCGCAUGUGGGAUUUGAGAUCAGCUUCUCCCGCAGCCACUAUUCAGAGCAUAUCUCGCUAUAGUGGUAAUAGCGAUGCCGUGCGCGAUAUCCGAUGGUCUACAGGUGAUGGGACGGUGUUUGCUACCGCAACAGAUAGCGGAGCCAUUCAGUGCUGGGAUUACCGACAGACCAAGGCUCCACAGCUGAAAAUUGCAGCCCAUGACAAGCCAUGUUAUGCCGUUGACUGGCAUCCUGAUGGAAAGCAUCUCGUGAGUGCAGGAACAGAUAAGCAGGUCAAAGUCUGGGACUUUUCUUCAUCGGCAGAACGCAGACAGAAGCCUACCUUUCAAUUCCGAGUACCCCAGCCAGUGGUCAACGUGAGAUGGCGACCGGCUAGUCGUGUUUCUGAAUUUUCUGAUGAAAGAAAUUGGAAAUCUACACAAGUGGUUACAUCUUAUGAUAAAGAAGAUCCUCGCAUUCAUCUAUGGGAUCUCCGACGUCCACACAUUCCCUACCGAGAAAUCGAUCGCUACGAGACACCAGCUGCCGACCUAUUGUGGAAAUCCAGUGACUUGCUCUGGACUGUUGGCGAAGCCGGGUCAUUCACUCAAACAGAUAUUCGAUUUGUUCCCGAAGUCGUCACUCGGCGACCAACAUGUGCAGUUGCCUGGAGCCCGACUGGAGAGGUCGUCGCUACCGUGCAAAAGCGGCCUCGACGCAGAGCUUUGGCGGCAAAAAAACCCGAGUUUUUCAACUUUACAGAGGAGAACGAACGAGGUUUUGAUAGACACCAGAGUUUCACGGACACUACCGAGAACGACCUUUCCACGGUAAACCCAAGGCAUCAAAAAGGAAUCGCCUUGGGGAUAUCAAAGUCACUAGGAAACACGCCUCCAGACCCGGAAGAGAAAAUUACAGUCGUCCCUCUUGAGAACGCACUAUCUGGCGAUCAUCCCUCACCACAUCAACUCGGCGCGAUAGGACAAGUUGAGGGUGUUGCAUCAGACGCGGUGGUUUUCCGUUAUUUAGCCGAACAAUACGCCACUUUGAUGAAAGACGGCGAAGUCACCUAUCGGCUGAAUGAUCAGGUUCAAGCAUUGCUCAAUGACCUGGACUGGAAUGCAGAACAGGCCGAAAUAGCAGGUCAACAUAAGCUCGCACAGACUUGGAGUAUCGUGAAGUACACAGUGAUUCAAGAACUUGAAGUACGAGCAGAAGAGAGAAGACGGCAGCCUAAAGAAAAGUCAGGCCACGACCAUAAGUCUCCGCAUGCACAUUUCGGUGACCUAACGCGUAUAACCGAAGGAUCAAAGUCGGCUAAGGUGAAGUCUCACUUGUUCAAAGGCGUGAUGAUCGAGACAGAAUCUCAGCGACGCACAGUGCCGGACAUGGAGAGUACAUCUAACAUGACGACUCCUCUUGCGAAGCCUCUCCCGGACUCUCCUUCGGGUACUGAUUUUGCUUCGGUCACUCAAGGCGUAACUGAAACGGAUGACUUGAUCGAUUUACAACCUUUGCCACCCCCCGUCAUAAGCUCUCGUUACAGUACUAAAAAUCAAGCCGAGGUUGCAAUUGCACCACGGUUGCAGCGUCACGAAUCCGAAUCUAGCGAUUACAUGCCCUUUUAUUCAGCCAGUUUUAACUCGGAGCAGGCUCGUGAUCUCGACGACAGCCUCGAUACCGACCAGCGGUCAGCGCCUCGGGCGAUAGCUGGCCGUGCCGACUGGCACCUUGACAGGUCAAAUGAUUUUGCAGCGAAGGAAGGCUCAGAAGAUGAUUAUGAGCAAAAGGUUGAAAGCCGGAAGGCUCUACUCCGUGACUACAAGGCGGUGCCGAAAAAAGUCCUCAAUCUUGAAUCCCUCGCAAGUGAAGCCAGCCGUCCAUCCCGUCCCGGUUCUUAUCUUCGACACGACUCUACUGAAAGUUUCCCCAUGUUCUCAGCUUCUACAGAUAGCUCACAACGUACUAAGUCGGUUGAUAUCUCAUUAUCUCCUCGAACAGGUGCGGUGCCUACCUCAAGGAGAAAUAGUGUGGGAUGGGAAACAGAAGAAAUCCCUGAGGAGGAUGAACCAGCAUCCUCUGAUGCUGCUAGUGUCCCCGAGUAUGCACCUUAUGAAGAUGAAACUGAUUCCGGUAGUUCCUCUUCUGACAUGAAUCAAAUACAUAUUCAACGUCCAUCGAGCCCUGCUCCUUUAUUAGUGGAGUCGAGUGAUCAUGAAGGUGACUCGAAACCCCUAGAUUCUCGCGAAGCAGCCAGAGGAUCCAGUAAAGAUCUUAUGCUUCCUCUCUCGCCUGAAAUAUCGGCGAGCAAGCCAUGGAGCGUGCAAGUGAUUUUGAGAGAGGCCAUACGACACUAUCAUAGCACCGCUCCUGUCGAUACUCAGAUGGCGGCUCAUCUGCUACGUACGAUACACUCACUUUUUCUUGAUUGCAAGACUAUUCUACCAUAUCAUGAGUCCGAACAGGUUUUCAAGACAUACAAUGAGCAGCUCAUUCGCCACUCUAUGUAUGUUGAGGCUGCUGAGCUCCGAAAUUUCUGUGUACCCAUGUAUCCAGCAGUGUAUGAGUACGCUCAAACAGACACGUUCAUCAAUGUCUACUGCUAUACAUGCAAGAAACCUUACGAAAAUCCCAUUAAAGACAAUCGACGAUGUUACAGGUGCCUAACACCGCAAGCUCCUUGUCCCGUCUGCCUCAGUUUGGAGCCGCCUCUUGAAUGGAUCAUACCCGAAUCUACGGAUGGCGACGGUGACUCAAAUACAGAUGACUUGGAGACCAAAUCCCAAGUCUCUAUCUCCUCCAAUGCGACGGAACCAAUUCCGCAAUCAGAGUUAGGACAGUUUGGGCAACAAACUUGCGCUUCUUACCGACCCCAAGGUUCAGGCCUAUGGUCGUGGUGCCAAGGUUGCGGACAUGGUGGGCAUCUAGCCUGCAUGAAGAAAUGGCUUGGUGACUUCGAGGUUAGCGAAGGCGGCUGCCCUACACCUGGUUGUAUGCAUGACUGUGGUCCUGGCCCACGACGCACCGAGAACCGUGAAGUUGUGCAAACAGCUGCAUUCGGCCGCAGGAUGGCCUCAAAUAUCCCCGCCAAGCGAGAUCCAUGGGUUACUGGUGAGAGCAGAGCAGUUGAAAAAGUCCGCGGCAUGUUAGCAGCAGCACCAACAUCAUCUGGCGAAACCUUACUGGGAGGUGGCGGCGUAAGUAGCAGCGGUAGCACCGCCCUUACUGGCCCAAAUACGGCUUCCGGAGGCGCGGCUGCAGGGUCAUCAGCGAAGAAAGUAAGACUAAUCACUCCAGUAGAGCAAGACCUGCGCAAGGAAUUAGAUCCUUUGAAUCGUGACAAGGAGUCGACAUCGGACCCUUUCGCUGGCUAA